AGAUAUUUCUCGCACUCAGGAGCUACAAAACUGAAAGAACAUGAGCAACUUGACGGGAUUCGAAGCUCCGAUCUCCACCAUCGCCGGUGCCACAAAGCCUUUUGCCUUCAACUCCCCAGUCCUUCCGUUCAGUAGCGAAUUCCUCUUCGCUACCCCUAAAUCCUUCCCAAUUCUCAUCUUAUCCUUCAAAUCCCAUAAACCCCCAACUACCAAAUUCAACAAAUUUCAAACAUCCAAGACUUCAUGUAGCAAUUCGAGUACUGCACAACUUGAGGAGGACCAAGAAGUUGAAAUCGCUGAAGGAUAUACAAUGACUAAAUUUGUUGAUAAGAUCAUUGAUCUGUUCUUGAAUGAGAAACCCAAGCCCAAAGACUGGAUGAGGUACUUGAUUUUCAGAGAAGAUUGGAAUAAAUACAGAGACAACUUCUACAAUCGGUGUAAAUCACGUGCAGAUACAGAAAACGAUUUCACAUUAAAGCAAAGUUUGAUCACAUUGGCAACAGAAGUCAAAAAGGUUGAUGAAGAAAUGGAAAAACAUUCAGAACUUCUUAAGCAGAUAGAAGACAGCCCAAUGGACAUAAACGCCAUAGUUACAAAGCGUCGCAAGGAUUUCACAGGAGAAUUCUUUCGUUACUUAACAGUAGUUCAAGAAACACAUGAUAACUUAGAAGAUCGUGAUGCCAUUGCAAGGCUCGGAGCUCGAUGCUUAUCUGCAGUGAGUGCAUACGACAACACAUUGGAAACAAUGGAGUCAUUUGACGAUGCUCAGGCCAAAUUUGAUAAUAUUUUAAACUCACCUUCCAUUGAAGCAGCAUGUGCUAAAAUCAAAAGCCUUGCAAAAGCAAAAGAACUUGAUUCCUCUUUAAUUUUGUUGAUUAAUAGCGCUUGGGCUUCUGCAAAAGACUCCCCCACCAUGAAAAAUGAGGUGAAAUCGAUAAUGUAUGAGUUAUAUAAAGCAACAAAGAGUAGUUUAAAAAGCAUAGCACCAAAAGAAAUAAAGCUACUGAAGUAUCUGCUUAAUUUCACGGAUCCAGAAGAACGAUUUUCAGCUUUAGCAACUGCAUUUUCUCCUGGUAAAGAUGAUGAGGCCAAGGAUCCCAAUGCAAUAUACACAACUCCAAAGGAGCUUCACAAGUGGAUUACUAUAAUGCUGGAUGCAUAUCAGCUUCAUAAAGAGGAAACAGGGAUUAUGGAAGCUAAGGAGAUGAAUUUACCAAUGGUUAUUCAGAGACUUUCUAUUCUUAAGGAAACAGUUGAAGAAGAAUACUUGGAAAAGGAUACACCUGAAGGGAAAAAAGAGACCAAUGCAGAAGAAUUUUGAGGUACUAUUGUU